GCUACACGAGCCAUGUGCUCGAUCUGACAACUGGGUCAGCAAAAGUUGACCGGUGAGUGAGGCUACACACGAUUCCAGUGAACAUCGCGACUCGAGCUUGAGUACUGGAUUUCUGGGGGGAUUACGCGACCGGGAAGCGGUCGAUGGCUGUCCUGUGUAUGAUCAACCACAACGCUGGUAUUGCUCGAUAAUGUUGCUAGAAUCCCGUCCGAAUGAAAUCAAUCAUCUGCAACCCGACUCACGGAGACUCAACGGAAUCAAAUUCCAGGCGAGGAGAUGUUUUUAACAAUCGACGAGCUGCUAUCAUAGAAGACGCUCCAUGCAUCGAAGAGCUGAACGGGGUCGCGCUAUUGAGGCUAGGGGAGAUUGACACGAAGAUCAGGGGCUCAAAUCCAUGGCUGGUCGUCUCAUCAAACGUUUGCAAGCCCCCGAAGCCUUUUAUCGUCCUUCACGUUGAAUAGUCGCGACGCUCUUCGGAAUGAGCUCAUCAUAUCCUUCGCGAAGUCGACCCGUUCGACAAGCUGUUUUGGCCGGCGGAUCGACCUCGAACACGUCUACGUCUGGAGUGGCAUUACCAACGCUGCCGAAUACGAGACCAGGACCUUCGUAUUCUCAGACGAGACCUUAUAAUCGCCAACAACCACCUGGAUCAACCACUGCAUACCCUCCUCGACCUAUUGCCCAAACCAGUCAACAUCAUGCUCAACAAGCCGUACCUCAAGUGCCCAUUUACUACCACGCCCCGACACAUCCUGAAGGACCUCUGGCGUUCUUUGUCCCUCCUCCCGGUCAACCCACCCGAGACCCCACAUUGUCGAACCCACCUACCGCUCAGGCUUUACACUCGACCUAUCCUUCACGCUUGAGAACAGGGGUGACUGGCCUGAUCCAGCCCGAGACAAUUACUGGCGGUCCCAGGGAACGAGAGUAUCUGCUCGCUGAAUUGGACCGAGAACUCGCUGCCGUUCACAGUGGUGCUUCAACGCCACGUCUAGAAUCCCCAGCUCCGACUGGAGGAGCAGGAACAGGAGCUGGAGCUGGAAUGAGGAGACCCACAACGACUCUGUCAGGUCGAGCGACGGGUCGAAGAGUCAAUUAUGCAGAGGAAGAAUCGGAUGAAGAGAGCGAAGAGAGUAGUCUAUCUGAACUCGAGGAGCCACCAUCAGAUCCGGACGACACGAGCUACGGAGAACGAGGCGAUAGGAAACGAAGAGAUCGCUCGUCGGACGUGAGAGCAAGGAGUACGGUGCCUGCUUGGACUGGCUUGAGUGCCAUGGAUCAACAAGCCCAGAACAAGGCUGCAAAAAUUAAGCGGAAGAGGGAUGAAUUGGAUAGAGGAUGGACAUGGCUGGGUGAUAGAGUUCCUGGAGAAAGAGUGACCAGUACGAGCGCACAGGCCACCAGGCAUUCUUAUCCAUCAGAAGAAUUACUCCGACGUGAAGCGGGUCGACCAACCGUUCUCGUGCCCAUCACAAUUGACUUUGAUGUACCCAGUCAAGAGGCGGAUAAGCAGGGUAUCAAGGUCAAAGAUCGCUUUCUGUGGAAUAUGAACGAACCGUUCAUCACGCCGCAUCAGUUCGCUACAACAUUUUGCAAAGAUAUUGGUAUUCCUCAUACCUUUGCUACCACUAUGGCUGAAUUGAUUCAAUCUCAAUUGGAUGAAGCGUCCGGCUGUGUUGAUAUCGACCUCGUGGACCGCGAGGUCACAGCGGAUGAUGUAAUCUGGUCAGAGGAUGAACCCAUAAUGGAGGAGUACGAGGAAGUGAGCGAUGAGGUAGUACCAGAGGCGCCGCGGAGGAAACGUGGUCGACCGAGAAAGUAUCCCCGACCCUUGACCGAUCGGGUCAGCGAGAGUGCAACUCCAGCUUUGACACCGGUCCCAGAGGUCGAGCCGGCCGCAAGCCAUGUAGACGAGGAGGAUGGUAAUGAGGGCGACCAGGAGGAGGAGGCAGCAAAUGGGGAGCAUGUGGAAGAAGGUGACAAUCAAGGUGAAGGCGAAGGGACUGUCGAGCCUGCUGAGAAUGAGGAUGAGGCGGGGCCAGUGGUAGUGAAGAGAAGGAGAAAGAUAAAAAGGGUCUGGCAAGAGCCAGACUGUCGCAUCACCAUCAACCUCGACGUCCAGAUCUACACCCAUAUAUUACGCGAUCGAAUCGAGUGGGAUCUCGCCUCAUCACUACCACCGGCUGUCUUUGCCAAACAAUACUGCGCCGAGCUCGGCCUGUCUGGAGAAGCCAUACCCCUGGUUGCUCACGCUAUAACCGACGAAUUGCUCAAGCAUAAACGCGACGCAUUGGAGCUCGACCUAUUCAGCGAGACUCACCCGCUUGAGCAGGCAAAAUGGGAGCGAGGAGGAGCGGGAGGAAUGAAAGUCAAUUCGAGGUAUGGCGCUAGUCAGCUAGUCGGCGUAUGGAGAGAUUGGUGGGAAAGGGAAGAGUACUCCCCGGUUCUGGUCGAGUUGACCAUGGAGGAAAUGGAGAGGAGGGACCUGGAGAGAAACAGAGAAUCAAGGCGUAUGUUGAGGACGCUUGGGCCAAAGAGACGGCGCUGAGCAGGUGGUAGCGGAGGUCUUGCAUGCAUGUCAUAAGUGCCACAUUGAGAGCACGUGGUCAGUUCGCUAUCAUGGAGAGGGUGCCACACU